UGGGAAUCGCUGAAGCUGUUUCGUGCAGGAGGCAUUGCUGAGAUUCCCCUUGCAACAAUGGAUUUGGAUAAAGCAUCUGUCUGGGGAUCCCUGAAGCAGAAAACUAGACCGUUCCUGCAAAACCUAAGUGUGAAGAAGACGAAAAGGAGGUCUAGCAAAAUAGUGGAGAGGAAGGUCCACUCCUUGGACCGACGCCUCAGCGUGUCGGUACCUGACAUGCUGGAGGUGGAGACUCUUACGGAAGAAGAAACAACUUAUUCAAGUACUCGGGUGUUGUCGAGCUGCUCCCCCAAGAGCUUCUCUAGGUCUGUGGUGUCCCUGAAAAGCAGAAGCGCUUCGGUGAGGCCGGUGGGAGAGGACUGGCCAUGGGCGCCCCAGCAGGCGUCACGCACGGAGGUGACCGUCACCCACCCAGAGACGCAAGCCGCAGGCAGUCCCGCGUCCGAGGCGAAGAGGAAAUCCAGCAGCGACCUCUUUGAGCUGCUGCAGAGCACCCGCCUGAGCGCUGCGCUGUCGGACGAGGGGGCAGAGUACCCAUGUGGAGAAAUGGAUCUAGACUCUUCUACAUCAUCACAAAUUUUUGAUGAUCAGAUGGCUCUAGAGGAAGCAAACGACUGCUUGAGUGACCUGCCCAGCCCCUUUGCCUACCUGCUGACCAUCCACCUGAAGGAAGGCCGGAACCUGGUUAUCAGAGAUCGCUGUGGUACAAGUGACCCGUAUGUGAAGUUUAAACUGAAUGGGAAAACUCUAUACAAAAGUAAGGUAGUCUACAAGAACCUCAACCCAGUUUGGGAUGAAACUGUUGUGCUGCCUGUACAGACCCUCGAUCAAAAACUCUGGAUCAAGGUGUACGAUCGAGAUUUAACCUCUUCAGACUUCAUGGGUUCAGCAUUUGUAGCACUCGCUGAACUUGAACUCAAUAGAACUACUGAACAGAUUUUAAAACUGGAAGAUCCCAACAGUUUAGAAGAUGACAUGGGAGUGAUUGUAUUAAACUUGAGUCUAGCAGUCAAGCAAGAAGACUUCAAGAGAAAUAGAUGGUCAAGUCGGAAGAAGCGAACUUCAUCCAAGUCGGGUUUCAUGCGGAGCAUGCGACUCUCCGACUCUUUGCGCAAGAACCAGUUGUGGAACGGGCUGGUCACCAUCACGCUCUUGGAGGGGAAGAACAUCCCCGGAGGGGGCUUGGCGGAGAUUUUUAUUCUCCUCAAACUGGGAGAUCAAAGAUACAAGAGUAAGACACUGUGUAAGAGUGCAAAUCCUCAGUGGAGGGAACAGUUUGAUUUUCACUACUUCUCUGACAGGAAGGAUAUGUUGGACAUUGAGGUCUGGAGAAAGGAUAACAAAAAGCACGAGGAGCUUUUGGGAACGUGCCAAGUUGACAUUACUGCCCUGCCAACGAAGCAGACCAAUUGCUUAGAGCUGCCUCUGGAAAAACAUCCGGGGUCCCUGCUAAUGCUGAUUGCUGUUGCCCCGUGUACGGGAGUGUCUAUCUCUGAUCUGUGUGUCUGCCCUUUGGGAGACCCCAGUGAAAGGCAACAGAUUUUACAGCGCUAUUGUAUAAAGAAUUCCUUUCGAGACAUAAAGGACAUUGGCUUCUUACAAGUUAAAGUUUUAAAGGCAGUGGACCUGUUGGCAGCAGAUUUUGCAGGUAAAAGUGAUCCUUUCUGUGUAUUAGAGCUGGGAAAUGACAGUCUUCAAACACACACUGUUUACAAGAACCUCAAUCCAGAGUGGAACAAAGUUUUCACGUUCCCUAUUAAAGAUAUUCAUGAUGUUCUGGAAGUGACAGUAUUUGAUGAAGAUGGAGAUAAACCCCCUGAUUUUCUUGGAAAAGUUGCCAUCCCUUUGCUGUCUAUUAGAAACGGUAAACAAAGUUGUUACACGCUGAAGAAUAAAGACUUGGAACGUGCUUCAAAAGGAGUAAUUUACUUAGAGCUGGAUGUCCUAUUUAAUCCUGUAAAAGCAAGUUUUAGAACAUUCAAGCCCCGAGAAAAGCGCUUUACUGAGGAGAACCGCAAAUUUUCUAAAAAGAUCUUAUCAAGAAAUGUUGUUCGCGUGAAAAAAAUCACCAUGGCAAUAUGGAAUACAAUACAAUUCCUUCGGAGCUGCUUUCUCUGGGAGUCCACGGUAAAGAGCGUGAUAGCAUUUGUGGUAUUUGUGGUCACCGUAUGGAGUGUGGAACUGUACAUGGUGCCCCUGGCUCUGCUGGUGCUCUUUGCAUACAACUUCUCCCUUGUCACGACAGGGAAGGUCAACAACACCCAAGAUGCCCAGGAUCUUAUGAGCUUGGAUGAAGAUGAGGAUGAAGAUGAUAAGGAAUCUGAGAAAAAGGGCUUAAUUGACAGAAUCCACAUGGUCCAAGAGAUCAUCAUAGCUGUUCAAAGCAUCCUAGAAGAAAUAGCAUCUUUUGGAGAGAGGAUUAAAAACACAUUCAACUGGACGGUGCCUUUCCUCUCUGUCCUGGCCUGCUUGGUCCUGGCAGCAGCAACAGUCAUUUUGUAUUUUAUACCACUGAGGUACAUUGUUUUAAUCUGGGGCAUAAAUAAAUUUACUAAGAAGCUUAGAAAUCCCUACGCUAUUGACAACAAUGAGCUACUAGAUUUCCUCUCCAGGGUACCAUCUGAUGUUCAAAAGGUGCAGCAUGCUGAAUUGAAACCAUACAGCAGCUCCAGUCCCAUUAGGAAGAAGCGGAGUGCGUUAUAGGAUGCAGUGCAAUUUCAGAAUGCAGCAUCUCCCCCCGCACCCCCCACGUGUGCACAUGCGCUUCCCCGUCCCCUUCUUCUUGCUGCAGAACAACACUAUGACCACUGCCGCACACUUUUUUUUUUUUCCUAAGACGUGGUUUUUGAUAAACACUUCUCUUGGGUCGUCUUUUUUGGGUUGUCUUUUCGGCAUGGAGUCAUAGCCCAAAAAAGAGCAAGGUGGAACGUAUGAACUACAUUGUGGGUGGGGAGGAGAAUGUGAAAGGAUGGUGCAACUGCACCUUUUCUUUUUCUUUCUUUUUGUUUUUCUUCGAUUGCAGAGGCAAGACAGGAUGUGGCAGCACCCCCUGUUUUAUGUAGGAAGAGCUAAUUCCGCUUAGUGUAGCAGAUCAACUGAGCUGAUGUGAGGAGAUGCUCUGAACCAGUUUUUAACAUAUCCAACAGAUUUAUAUUAAGAUAUGAAAACUAUUCUUUUCCGAGUUAAAUCACUGUGCCUAGAAAGGUUUAAGCUCUGAAUUAACGAGUCUUUGAUACCCAUCUUCUGUUCAAGCAGUGUACAUUCUAAAAAGUUUUUUAUCAUAAUUAGCAGAAAGAGCUAGGAGCUCCAACGGUAUCUCAAUAUUUCAUCCAGCCCUUGCGGGUUUUCCUUUUUCUUUUUUUUUUUUUUUUUUUUUCCUCCUUCUGUUUUUAAAGCUCACCCUGUGGUUAACUCUUUGGAUACUGGAAUCGUCAGAGAUCCAUUGCUGGCGAUGGAUGCAUGAGAACCUUCUGCAUGAAAGGUUUAAGAGACUGUAGAAAAGCCCGACUCACUGACCUGAAGAGACCCUGUUGGCUUGCCUUUUAUAAUUCCAUCUCAUCAGAUAUUUUCAGCGUAACUGUUGUUUUCCUGUCUAAAUCCAGACGGGUCAACACUACAGAUCCAAGAGAAAAAACACUUCAUAGGCUUAAAGAAGCAAGUGCUUGUGCAGAAAGAGCAUAGUGCCCACAGACGUGGUUGUGCAAUAGUGUGUAGACCUUGGUCCACCACUGAUGUCUCAUUGGAGUCUUUCCUGGUGGUUCACAAGAGGAGGAUCAGAAAGUGAAGUCUUAUGGAAACUGAGCAAAUGAAGAAACAGGAGAAAGGACCCUGUUUUCUGUUCUGAGGAGAAUGUGAUUUCUUGCUUGCUUACCACUUUUUCAGCUAUUGUGCUUUUGCUUUAUAAGAUUGGGGUAACCAGCAUUAUCCAUGUUACGUCACGGGGGAAAUUGAAACACAGAAUCCUAUGUAAACCUGCUUAAUUUUGGUAGGAGUGUAGCCCUCGCUCCUUUAGGUGCUGAAGGACAUUGUGGGAGCGACUUGCCAAUGCAAGAAGUCAUUGGAAGCACGAGAGCUGGAGCUGCUGCUUGUGAUUCCCAGGCAGGGGUUACCACCAGCAUCCCCUGGGGUAGUUCACAGUAAAAAGACUUUAGAAGUUAUCUAACUAAAGGUAAAACAGAUAAAACGUUGCUUGUGGAUCGGCGAUCCAACUGUAGCCAUGCUGUGUCCUUCAGUAAAGCGAUCUUGUGGGACUGUUGCAUGAUUUUGAAGAAGGAAAGCUAACAGCUGAGUAUCUUCCAGUGGAUUAUUAGCCAGGUUCAGUGAUUUUUCAAGAAGUUUAUUUUUCAAAGUAACAAGCCCAACUGUGCCUUUGAAUUAGAAGAGGCACAUUUUCAUAGACUUGAUUGGAUAAAGAAUGUAUUUUGCUCAUGCAAAGCUGUGUGUAGCUGCAAAUGGCAAGAUAGAAAAAAGAUUAUCCUGGUUAAAAAGCCACAAAAAUGCCUCUUUGUGUGCACGUGUGCUUGUGUACUCAUGAAUAUACAGAGUUGUAUAUAAAGAAGAGUAUAUGUAUAAUGUAUUUAUAGGCAAGUGUGUGGGGGAAAAUGGGUGAAUAUACAGAUUUAAAAACCUUGAAAAUGUUUUUUGAAAAAUGCCAAAGAUUCUAAAGCUUAUCAUCUUGCGUCUGUUCUUCUUCAUUUUGUAUCUUUCCCGGCAUGUCUUUCUGGCUGAGCCAGAUCUCUGCAUGAUUUGAUUUACUUCAAGUUAAUGAAGCUGGUUGGAAAGAGCCUUGUAGAAAUUAUAAAAUCUCCAGUAAAUCUCCUUCUUGUACAUACAAUAGCUGUCCACGCACCCCUUUCGUUAAACCAGUUUCUCAAUCUUCUGUGUAAACAAUGCCUCAUUGUCUCGCUUUAAAGGAUCAUCUGGUUUAUCAUACUGUAGUCUUGUCAUUUUGUAAGGACCAAAGUCAGACAUAUUUAAGCAGGCAUGUGAGAUCUGAUUGUUGAUUUGAGUGAAAACAUUCAACUGCAGGGAAAAGUGUUUAUUUAUUCAGAAGUUGGGACUGAUACUUUAAUAGUUGUGUUUUUUUUUUAAAUGUAGAUAUGUUGUGUUUUAGAAUAAUUUGUAUUAGAUUGUUAUGCUGGAGACAUACCAAAUGAAGGGUUUUGGAUGGUCCAGUAACUAUAUAUGUUGUAAUGAGCUCUUUGUUUUGAUAAAUACUGUUUGAAAUGAAAUAAACCUUUGAGGUUAAGCUGAUGCUUUUAAUUUGUCGGGAUUAGGAGAUGUGUUUCCCAUUCUUUGCAAAAUGCUUACUGUGCUACAAUAUUUAAUAUCUGACUAGGUAAGCAAGUACGUCGCUUGACAGUGCAGUGUAACAACUAAUGCCGGAGGUUACUUGAAACGGAGACUGAGCUGCAGCAGGAGAUGAGGUAAAGCUUUACCCCACCUGCUUACAACUAUUUAGUGGGAUUUUCUAGGCCCUACCUAAAGGAAAGGAGGAUUAUGUGCAUUUACUGCACACUCCAGUAAUCAAACUCUUCAUUCAGACUUUUCAUUUCAUUCUUAAAGCAAGAAUAUUAGUUGAUACUUACCUCUGUGUGUCCAUUUGUCCCUGUGAAUGAUCAGGUUUUACAUUGUCAAUCUAUUCAGUGUAUAGCAUGGGUAGUAGAAACUUAUAUUUUUAAUUUAAGGAAGUCAUUUCAGUGCAAUAAUAUGUACUUUUGCAGUCUAAAGUCUACAGAACAGAAGGCAUUCAGAAAUUUAAAUGUAACUAUGGGACUUUUGGAUGACUCUGGAUUACAGAAUCACGAAGAUAUGGGAAUAGGACUAAAAUGUCCGCUGCUUGUACAUUGUGUAAAUAACUGGAUUUGGUGUAUAUGUGCAAAUGAAAUAUGUGCUCAUGUUUGCCCAAGCAUAAGCUGCUGCUGCAGGUUGGUUUCAUGAAUAAUCAUGAAUAGGACUGAGGACUCAGCUCCCGUAUGGAUCACUGUCAGUAAAACUCAGUCAC